CUCUUGAAGAUCUUGUUCUCCGCGCGCACAGAAGAACAUCACCGCCGCGUGCUAUCCAACAAACGACGGGCGCCCUCAACCUAACCCCCCCCCAAUUCUGCGACGGCGCCCCAAACGCCCGGUUUUUGGCGCGAAACCCAGCUUCGGCGCAAUCUCUCGAGAGCGAGCUUCCGGUCCCCCAAGGUCGCCUAGUUCUUUCUCGACAUGUCCUGACCCUGAACUCACCAACCUUGCAAGCGCAAAACUCGGGAAUGACGGCGGCACGAGAAUGGCUGUCGACCCGUUUCUGCCCGUCGCCCCCGCGAGGCUCAAGGCACUCGUGCUGCCCAUCGGCCACAUCACGCACGAGCGCUUCACCGCUUUCGUCGGCCGCCUCAAUGCCGAGAGCGUCGUCUUCCUGCGGGACGUAACGCCCGAUGCCCGCCCGCACAGGAACAUGUUCUCGCCCCUGGCGUUCCCCGACGGCGCCAUGUUCUACGACCUCAUCAUGCACCAUCCGCCCGCCUCCCACCUCUCCCUGUCGCCCUUCGAGCUCUUCCGCGAGCCGCUCGCCAUAAUUGCUAUAGCCGACGGCGUCGAGCUCCCCAGGACCGUCUUCAGCAAGAGAAACUCCGGGGGCAGGACCGUCCAGGAGGCAAACAUACGGACGCUCUACCAGGACCUGGAGGGCUUGAGGGACAAGUACCCCAGGGCUCUGGCCCACCAGGUGCUGAUAUUCGACUACCUGACGACCAAGGAGAAUCCCCUGCCGAUCCCCGAGGGCAUCGUUACCAUACCGCCCGCCGAGCUGCUCAAGCGGACCACCAUCAAGACGGUCAUGUGCGACAUCGCGGCCCUGAUCCUGGCCGAGAUGACCACCCUGGCCAAGUCUUACGAGGGUAUGUCCUUCAUCGACUCGCCGGGGCAGCCCUCGACCCGACCGACCGGCGUCGAGGACGAAGCGCGUACGCUUCCGAGGAGGAACUCGCAGUUUUCGUUGCCGACGAACCGCUCCAGCUCGACCGGCGGUCUCCCCGACCGAGGCCAUGUGCGCAUGUCCAUGCCUCCCGUCUCCUCGAAGGGCCAGCCGCUGGACUCGACCGGUUCGAGCCCCGCCCGCCCUUCCACGCCCGUGAGCAGCAACAAGCCGCUCCCGUCCCCGCCCUCUACGUUCGAGAACAUCAUCGGACCCAUGGAACCGAACAGCCCCCCCGAGCAGGCCGGCCUCUCACGCGCAGAUGCGGGCGAGAGCUUCAGAUCGCAGAACCAAGAUCGCGUUCCCGUCCACGGGUUCGGUCCUGGGGGGCUCAACGACAGGUGGAGGAACAAAGGGAAGUCACGGAUUCAGAUCGUGAUCGGGUCGCUCUAUCUCCAGGCGGGCCUGUGGAACCACGCGCUCAAGGAGCUCACAGAGGGUGCCACGAUCGCCAAGUCGUUGAACGAUCAUGUCUGGCACGGCAAAGCCCUCGAGCUCACUCUCAUCAGCCUCCUGCUGCUCGGCUGGGCCGGCAUCGAGUUCCGCGUCCCCAGUAUCCUGCUCCCGCCGCACGACAAGGGGACGAGCGCUGCCAUGGCACUCGAGGAAGCCGAGAUCGCGGACCCCCACCAGCCUCCAUGGCUGAGGCACCUGCAGAUGCACAUGCCCGAACUCCUCGACCGCAUCAUCGGCUUGUACUCGAGGAUCUCGGCCGAGCACCUGCCGCCGCUGCCUCUUUCCGAGGCCAUCAUACGCUUCUGCAAAAUGUCCGCGGCCAUCCACACGACAAACGGCCGGCUCUGCCGCGAGUCCCUGGACAUGAUCGUCUCUGGCGUGCCCCCUAGGGUACCCUUGACCACAUCGCCCCGCUUCACCAUCCAGCCCACCCGGACCCAGAUCGUCGCGACGCUGUUCCGAGCAUUCCCCGCCUCCUCCGCCGAGCUGCUCACCACGGUCGACCGGCUGGUGAUCCUCAGCGGGAUAGCGUCCGUGCUGGGCCACUUGGGUUUCCAUCGGAAGAAGGCCAUGGUGCUCCGGGAGCUCGUCUCGGUCUCGGUGGGCGGGCUGGUCGAGGCGCGCACGCGGGGCGCCGCCGAUGUCGGCAUCCAUCCCGCCGCCGGGCUCAUCGGGCUCAACGGCGCCAGCGCUCGGGACGGGGCGGGCGGCUUGCUGGAGCUGGCCGAGGGCGAUGUCGAGCACGGCAUCGACCCGUUCCUGGAGCUCCUGAUGAAGACGUACGGCGUCGUCGGCGGCGGAAACACGCCGGGCGACGACGGGGACCGCUCCGACGAGGCGGUCGUGGCAAGGAUCCGGAAACAGUCCGCCGCCAGGUUCUUCGGCAUGCAGAGCGUCAAGCUCAACGUCCUGCGGACCUGCAUCAACUUCUCGGAGGCGUUGCCGGACUUCGCCGGCGUGUUGAAAUACUCGAGCGAUCUGCUCCGGACCGCCGGUAGCGGCAUCGCCCCGGGCCCGCGGAGAGAGAAUGCUUACCCCUCCAUAACCAAGGAGGAGCAAGUCCGGCUGGUGACCAACAUUCUCAAGACGUCGAACUUGUCCAAGCGUCUGGGGAUCGGCCCUCUGGAGGCCGAGUACUGGGACGAAUUCUUAGUCCGCGGCGUCUCCCUGGAGGCGCUGCCGCCGACGAGGAUGCCUUUCCCACACGCGAAGACGGUGCUUCCCGGCAUCACGGCGUUAGCGCGGAGCUCCCAGGAUGUCGAUCCGUUCAUCUACAACCCGUUCCUGAAGCGUCCCGACACGGCGACGGUCGACCGUACCCUGGUGGCCGGCGAGCCGGCGACCUUCAGGCUCACCCUCCAGAACCCGUACGAGGUCGAGGUCGAGCUGGAGAGUAUCCGUCUCGACGCCGAAGGAGCCGAGUUUGAAUCGGCCGUCGAGACCACCACUAUCGGCCCCUACCGGACACAGAUUAUGAGGAUAUCCGGCACGCCAAAGGCGGUCGGGACCGUGAAAGUCACGGGCGCGGUGAUCAAGGUCCGCGGAUGCCGGGAGAGGAGGUUCCCCGUCUUUGCCGACCCCUGGGCGCCCGAGGACGCGGUCAAGAUCAAGGCGAUAGGACUCGGGGCCCUCGGCGUGAAUGCCGCGGCCGUGUCACCUGCCAUACAGCGGCUCAAGCCGGCGCACGUCGAGCUCAACGUCAUCACACCGCAGCCCAUCGUCGUGGUCAAGUCUUCGACUCUCCCGCAGUCCUCGGUCAUGAUACUCGAAGGCGAGCGGCAGUCUUUUUCCGUCACCUUGCAGAACCUAUCCGCCACCACGCCGGUGGACUUCCUCCUCUUCUCGUUCAAAGACUCGACGCAGGAGCCACUCCAGCUGGCGCUGAACAACCGCGACGCCACGGCUACUGAACUCUACGAGUACGAGCUCGUGCUCGCCAAGAAGCAGCCUCUCCGGCUCAGGAACAGAGACGACAGCAAGCGCUUCAUUGCGCCCGGGCAGACAGCGACGUUCGACUUUGAACUGCUCGGCCGGCCCGGCCUCACGCACGGCCUCAUCCAAGUCGACUACGCGUAUCUCGGCGUGCCGCACGACGAGGUGGCGGAGAAGUUUUACACGCGUCGGGUCUCUAUGGAGCUUACAAUCACCGUCAAUGCUAGCAUUGAGAUCACCCGGGCGGACAUCCUCCCCCUGACCAGCAGCAUUCCCGCACCGCUCUGGUCCCGCGCCACCACCACAACCAACAAUACAACUAAUAAUACUACUAGCGUCGAUGAUAAUAACAAGAACAAAACACCAUUACCCCCUCCGCAUCUUUCGGCAGACACGCACUGCCUCCUCCUCCUCGACUUGCGCAACGCCUGGCCAGGCCAAAUGACCAUCUCCUUGUCAUCCUCGUCCCGAGAAGAAGGGCAAGGAGGACCAAAGGAAUACACGAUCCAGGUCGAAGAAAGCAUCCUCCCGGGCCACACGGCGCGCGUCAUCCUGCCCAUCCAGCGCGUCUACAUCGAGGACCCGCACGCGUUCAUCCCCGCGCUCAACCCGGCGCGCCAACGCCAGUUCGUCGUGAGCACCAAGAUCGCGCCAGAGGUCGAGCGCGCCAGCCGCGAGGCGUUUUGGUACCGCGAGCGGGUACUCGACUCGCUGAGGGCAAGGUGGCGGACUCCUUCUGGCGGCGGCGGCUACGGCGGCGGCGGCAGCGCAGCCGCGAGGUGGAGGGAAGGUGAGAUCGAGCUCCGCGCCGUGCGCUUCUCGGCCCGGAUGGUGGAGGCUGUCCGGGUGGACGAGGUCGACGUGGAGAUGGCGGUCGAAGGGGUCCCUGCUGCCACUGCAGGAGAGGAGGAAGGAGGAGGAGAAGACGAGGAAGGAGGAAGACGAAGAGAAGAGAGCGGCAGGUUCGUAGUCAACGUGGACGAGUUCCUACAACUGCGCGUGCGCGUGACGAACCGGUCGGCCAGGCCGGUGUACCCGCUGCUGCGGCUGACGCCUGUGCUGUGUCACCGGCCAUUCAACGUGUCGCUCGACUUCACGCGCAAGAUGGCCAAGUUUGCGUGGAACGGGACCCUACAGCAGGCGCUGCCGCUGCUCGAGGGGAACGGCGGGACCGCCGAGGUCCGCAUGGGAGUCACUGCGCUCUGCAGGGGGGAGUUCGAGAUCCUGGGCAGCGUCGAGGAGGCCAGGUUGUGGGUGGAUCCGGAGGAAGAGACGAGGCGCAAAGACGAGGAGUCGGGUCAACAAGGGGAGAGGAAAGGGGUGGUCGGUAAGACGGAGGCGGAGGCACAGGCCAUGAUAUUGGGCGCCGCGCUAGGCAAGAAGGAACGGAGGAUGUGGCAUGCCAGGAGGGGAUGCAGGCUGGUCGUCAGGGAUCCGCCGCAGAGGUAGGAAAACUAUUGUUUCGUUUUUUCUGACGAGGCGCGCGCCAAAGUUCUGAAGAGGUUUGGUCCGAACGCACGCAUCCCAACAAAAAGAAACUAAUAUACCUCCCCGUCAGCAAUGGAAGCCGUAAUAAUUAACCGAAUCGCAAGAUUGGGUUAGGGUUGCCCUUGGCUGGCCCCCCGAGUCAUCCCGAGAAGCGGUGUGAUUUCACCCUUGCCACUCGACUCUGUUCAUUUUCCGUA